GGUUGGGCCCAGGGCAUGGCCCACGGCAAAGCAAGAGGCCUGAACAAGGAGCCAGUAGGACCCCGCUCCUCCACUUGCUGCUGGGCCCCUAGGGUUCAGUCCCUCCAGCUCCUGUCCCCUGCCCAGGCCACUGUCUCCCAGCCUGAUCCCUCUGGCCACCAGAAGAAAGUGGUGUCAUGGAUAGACGUGUAUGCUCGUGCCACCUGCCAGCCGCGGGAGGUGGUGGUGCCCCUGUCCAUGGAGCUCAUGGGCACUGUGGCCAAGCAGCUGGUGCCCAGCUGCGUGACUGUGCAGCGCUGCGGCGGUUGCUGCCCUGACGAUGGCCUGGAGUGCGUGCCCACUGGGCAGCACCAAGUCAGAAUGCAGAUCCUCAUGAUCCGGUACCCGAGCAGUCAGCUGGGGGAGAUGUCCCUGGAAGAACACAGCCAAUGUGAAUGCAGACCAAAAAAAAGAGAGAGUGCUGUGAAGCUGGACAGGGCUUCCACUCCCCACCACCGUCCCCAGCCCCGCUCUGUUCCGGGCUGGGACCCUGUCCCCGGAGCACCCUCCCCAGCUGACAUCACCCAUCCCACUCCAGCCCCAGGCCCCUCUGCCCACGCUGCCCCCAGCGGCGCCAGCGCCCUGACCCCCGGACCUGCCGCUGCCGCUGCCGACGCCGCAGCUUCCUCCGUUGUCAAGGGCGGGGCUUAGAGCUCAACCCAGACACCUGCAGGUGCCGGAAGCUGCGAAGGUGACACAUUGCUUUUCAGACUCACAGGGGCCACUUGCCUCACAGGCCCCCUGAGAAGGGGACAAGGGCAGCCUGGUGAGAACAGUCCAGCCCCCAAGACCUCGGCCUGGGUGGAAGUUCCUUGAGGACCUGGGCCUCUCAAAGGGCUUUCCGGCCGUCCUUUGUCUUUCCGAGGCUGCCAUCCAACAACAUGGGCAGAGUUGGAUGAGGAGACUUGGCAGCAAGAGGGGUCAUGUACAAACUUGGGAGAGAAUGGAUUCCUGUCUCAAUUUUUAACUACCUGUGCAAGUGAGCAUCUUACACUUGGCUCCUCCGUCCCCUCACUAAGAAGACCCUGAUACUCUGCAAAAACUGGGACUUGGUCUUCAUUAUAAGAACUGUGAACCCCAACCCUGAUAAAAGAGAUGGAAGGAGCUGUC